AUGUUUAUUCCGUCGUCAGCUUCAUUACUUUUACGAGAAACAUAUCUUAGACUUUUCCUACUCUUCUUUUUUUGCUAUCUAUCUGUCUAUCUAUAUAUCUAUGUUCAUAUAUAUAUAUCUAUCUCAUUUCAUUCUUAUCUAUCUAUUUAUCUAUCUCAGACUCUCUCUCUCUCUCUCUAUAUAUAUAUAUAUUCAUAUUUAUCUAUCUCAUUCCCUUCCUAUCUAUCUAUCUAUCUAUCUAUCUAUCUAUCUAUCUAUCUAUCUAUCUAUCUAUCUCAUUCUGUUCAUACAUAUCUAUCUUGUCUGUCACAGUUGGUUCAUAUCUAUCUAUCUAUCUAUCUAUCUAUCUAUCUAUCUAUCUAUCUAUCUAUCUAUCUUUAUAUCUAUAUAUAUUAUUCUGACAUCGAUUUCCAGAUUACUUUGAUAUCUAUUUCAAGAUUAUUUUCUAUCUAUUUCCAGAUUACUUUUACAUCUAUUUCAGAUUAUUCUGAUAUCUUUUCCAAAUUAUUUUGA